AUGGGUGCAAACUCGUCCAAAUCAUCCGGCAGUCAGCCGCCACACGUGUGGAAGGGCUCAGCACCCACGAGCGUGUCACAGGACAUGCUUGACUCUCUGCAAUCUAGUACCGAGACCGACGCCUCUCGUGCGCAGACCCUCGAACUCCAGAUCCAGGCGCGCGUUGCCGAAGAGCUAAAGCGUCUACAAGCAAAGGAAGAUGCGAAGCUCAAGGAGGCCGAGGAGAAGCUCUCCGAGCUCACUGACAAGGACGAAAAGGACAGCCCAAGCCGGCAGACAGUAUCAAAGGAGGUAGAAGCACUGCGCGCCAAGCUUGAGGGAAGGAAGAAGGUGCGUGAGCUGCCAGACACUGUCGAGAGCGCCCGCAGCGAGGUCAUACGAUGUCUGCGCGAAAACGAUCGGCGACCACUGGACUGCUGGAAAGAGGUUGAGAAGUUCAAGGAUGAGGUUCGACGGUUAGAGAAGGGCUGGGUGGACAAGGUCGUCUCAUAA